AUGACAACUCCAGCGAGAUCACUAGGUGUCAACGAGAUUCGCUUAGUGGGCAUUCGAGAAACCGAUGGCGUUGCUGCAUACUCGUUGGCGACAUCGGUAUAUCCCAUAGCUGAAAAUCGACCGUACACCGCCCUCUCCUACGUCUGUGGAAACACGGAACCUGAGGGAUCCGACAAACCUGAAGCGUCCGAUAGACAUGACGAACCUCACCAAUUCGAGGGACCCAAAAUCUUUAUAGACGGGGUGGAGAAACCAAUAUACGAAAAUUUAUACAAUGCGCUGCCCUCGCUCUUUACCUUUUCUCAGAAGGACCGGGGUGGUGGGAAAGAGGAAGCACACUUCUGGAUGGAUCAAAUUUCUAUCGAUCAGAAUGACGAGCAGCAGAAAGCAAAUCAAAUGCUUCACAUGACGGAUAUCUACUCUCGAGCAGAGAGAGUCUUGAUCUGGCUCGGCCCAGUCAGCGAGAAUCUCAAAGCUCUAUUGCAAACUUUCGCCGAAGUCAUCGGUCCAGGGGCACGACGAGCUGGCAUUCUAAGUAUAGGGCCAGAGCUCGCCACCAGCUGGCCGGCCUUCCGAAACAAUCCUGAUCUUAGACCUGUGCGUAGGCAGGUUGUGCGCUUCUUCUCCUCUGAACCCUUCCGACGCGCAUUUGCGACCAGGCUCGACAUGUUGCUAGCCUUCGAGGCGCUGACAUGGAACAAAUGGUUUGCACGUACCUGGACCAUCCAAGAACACACCGUGUCUACUUCCACGGUUUUCGCGCUGGGUGUUGACACCUUUGUUGAUGGUGACGAUUUCAUGGCAUCGAUCCUUUGCUGCACACUAUGGUCUAUAAACACAGCACGACCCUUGAUGCAGUCCCGUUUUCUGCCACUGCGGCUGUUUCGGUUUGCACUGCUUUGGUAUUACGAGAAGCCUGGGCUCUUCGACUACUUGAUCGAUACCGUGCGGUUGAAAGAUCCCGAUCGGCCCAGGGGGUGGAACUCCCGAGCAAGUACCAUGCUUGGUGAGAGACGCAAGCGCCUGAGGGCACAAGACGGCGACCACACACAGACAAGCUUGAAGGCUUGCCUCGUGCGUACCUUCAUCCCAGAGUCGACCGAAGCUUCGGAGUGCACCCGGGAGAUUGAUCGAAUCUGGGCGCUGUUCGGAAUGUGCACGGACCGCAGCAUACUCGAAACAGGAGGCUUCCCACUGAACUACAAAGUGCCUUGGAGAGAGGCGUACCGUGAGGUUUCGAGAACACUGAUUCGCCUCGGUCAUACGGAUAUCUUGGGAAUCGAAAGGAAAGGGGAAGCAGGGAGCGCUCAGACCAACAUGUCCCGCAACGAGACACAGCUACCCUCCUGGACGGCGGACUGGUCUGUCCCACUGAGACGGCCACUAUGCGGACUCCUAGAGGAUGGCCUCUUCAAAGCCGCAACCCAUCUCCAAGUUAGCCUAGGCGAGCAGCGUCCACGCGUCUCGAGCGGCGAAGACAAUACCCUCACGAUCCAGGGGUACUGUCUGGGGCCCAUUCGAGCGGUGGGAACCGUCUUCACCACAUCCAAGCCCGACAGCGAGCUCGACUACGCCCAGGCCGAGAUCUACCUGCGAGAGAUCGCGGCCUUCGUGGAGCAAUCAACCCUCAUCCCCGCGCGGCUCAAGGCCCACGCCAAAGCCUACAUCCCCGUGCACGGCCUCGAGUACAACUAUCUCGCCAUCGCGCGCCGCGCGGAGCCCACCAGCGUGCAGCGCGGCUACGAUGACAUGAAGAAAUGCGCGGUCCGGGGCGCUGGGCCGCGCUUUGUGAUCAGCCAGGAACUUCUCUCGUACAAGGCCUUCAUGGAGCGGUGUCUGGGCAAGCGUCCCUUCAUCACGGCGCGAGGCCACGUCGGGCUGUGUGCCGGCCCGGCUGAGGCGGGCGAUGUCUUGGCCGCCCUCGCCGGGGCUCCUGGGCUGGUCAUCUUGAGUGGAUCGGCGGCGGCGGCGGUGGCGGUGGCAGCAGCAGCAGCAGGAGGUGGUCAAGACCACGCAACAACCCACAGUGAGGACGUCGGCGCCUUUGAGGUCGUGGGUGAAGCGUUCGCGUAUGGCCUUAUGGAUGGGGAGAUGGCUGCGAUGGAGGACCUGGAGGAGACUCGCUUCGUGCUUUGCUGAGCUCACGGCAUGCCGCAUAUAUUUCCUAGAGACAAUACAUACCCCUGUAGGCGAGAUGCUUGCAUGGCGGAGCCUCAAUCCAGCGUGAUCAUGUUGAAAGGUGUCACUUCAGGUGAAAGAGAGGGAGACAGUAGAUUUUGUGCUCCGGUGAGGAAAGGACGCACUAUGUGAGCCAGGACAUCAAUAUCACAGGGGAAGCAG